GCGGUAAAAGACCCAGAAAAAAUGGGGCCGUUGUGUAGAGGCUUGGGGGGUGAUUUGUAAUUUGAAGUAAUAAUGGUUUUUAAGUAGGUGAAAAAAUGAGGGCGCUAAAAAUAAUUUAUUCUCAAAGUGAGCAGUAGACAAAAUAAGUUUGAGAACCUUUGGUGUAUAUAGAUAGCGCAAGCGGGGUAACCAUUCCAUUCCAUUUACGUUCAUUCAAAAGACUGGACUCUUUACAUAACGGUACUAACAAAUCUAAUAAACUAAAAUAUGUAGGUAUUUAAUAUAUCACUAAGGUUUUAUCAUUUUUAUUCAAGUCUAUAUAGAUAACAUCAUGCAACCCAAUGUUAUUGUCACUGAUAGGUCUACACAGAUAGUUGUAUGUACUGAUAACGGCAAUAUGACAUUAUCUCAACUUAUAUUUUACCUACUUACAUUUCUGCCUACUUAAUAGUCCAACCAUUUUACGAACGGUGAUAUAAUGUUAAACUGAAUAGGUUGGAAAUAUUUUUGCAGUUUUUUAAUUUUGCUUAAAUUUAAAUUUCCCGCCAAUCUAGAGGCGUCUAUACAGUCUUACAUCAACGAAAAGUAAUCACAGUUAAAAAAAAAAUUGUUUACCAUGGUGCUAGCAAAAAAGUAUAUUGUUCUAAAGCCUUUUUUUGGAGAACCAAAAAACAGUGAUUUUCAAAUUGUUGAAGAAAGACUGCCCGAGAUACAAGAUGAUGAAUUUUUGGCCAAAGCAGCAUACAUAAGCGUCGAUCCAUAUCAGAGGGUAAAACUCGGCGACAAGUACCCAUGUGAUAUGAUUGGAAGUCAAGUAGCUAAGGUUAUCGAAAGUAAAAAUAAAGAUUAUCCAGUUGGUUCAUGGGUUAUGGGUCAUUUUGGUUGGCGCACAUAUACUAUCACAAAACCUAGUGAUGAAAAAUUCUGUAACCAGAAGCCAUAUUUGUAUCGUUUACCGGAUUUUGGUAACUUGCCUGUAUCCUUGGGCUUAGGCGUCUGUGGAAGAGUGGGGAACAGCGCGUAUUUUGGUUUUACACAAAUCUGUCAACCAAAUGCUGGAGAAACAGUGGUAGUGUCAGGGGCUGCCGGAGCUGUCGGUCAAAUCGCCAAGAUACUGGGAUGUCGAGUAAUAGGAUUUGCUGGAACAGAUGAAAAGUGCAAAUGGCUGACUGGUGAACUCGGAUUUGAUUCUGCAGGCAACUACAAAAACGUGAACAUUGCAGAUUUCCUUAGGGAAAACGCACCAAAUGGUGUAGAUUGUUACUUCGAUAAUGUAGGCGGAGAAUUAAGUAGUAUCGUAAUAUCGCAAAUGAAUCAGUUUGGGAGAGUGGCAGUUUGCGGUGCAAUAUCGAGUUAUAAUGAAACAGAACCUGAAAAUCGAAAAGCUACUAUACUGCAACCUUCAAUCGUAAGUAAACAGUUAAAAAUAGAAGGAUUUCAAGUGAAUAGAUUCGCUAAUCGCACAACUGAAGGAAUCAAACAAAAUCUACAGUGGAUACAAGAAGGAAAGCUCAAAUAUCGAGAACACAUUAUCGAUGGGUUUGAAUCAACAGCCGAUGCGUUCAUAGGAUUAUUUAGGGGAGCAAAUACAGGGAAGGCUCUCGUGAGAAUUAUUUAAUAAAUGUAAUUUUUAAAAUAAAUAAUGUAAAAUAUA